GACGUCGCUCCUCGGCUGAGGUGCACACACCGCAUAUCGAACUUGGAUCAGGAGGGACCGGGCCGGACUGCGGAGGACAUAGUUGGGAUCCUCCUGCAGCUGCUGGUUGGCGCAUGGAGGCACGCUCCGGCUCGGUUCUCCAGCCUAAUCACCACGCACAUGCUUGAAGACUUCGGCGAGGAUGCGGGGAGGAGAAGGAGGAGACAUGUAGUUGCAAUGGAUUAAUUAACGAAGACCACAUGGACUUGUUCGUUUUUUGACGUCUUGAGUGCUUUCUAGUUAAGCAGGGGCCAUGGAGAACCAAGGCGCCGAGUUGCAGAAUUAUGAAGACGUGCAGAGAAGCGGGUACCUCCGCAAACACAAAUCAAUGCACCGGCGCUUCUUCGUUCUGAGGACGGCCUCGGAGCGUGGUCCCGCUCGCUUGGAGUAUUACGAGAACGAGAAGAAAUUCCGCAGCAAAUCGCCCGUGCCCAAGAAGGUGCUGAACCUGGAGACGUGCUUCAACAUCAACAAGCGGGCGGAUUCUAAGAACAAGCACCUGAUCGUGCUCUACACCCGCAGCGAGAGCUUUGCAAUCGCCGCGGACAGCGAGGAGGUCCAAAACGACUGGUACCAAGCCAUGCUGGACCUCCAGUGCAAUUGUAAAUCUCCUGAAGACUAUGGCAGUAGUGGAGAGUGUAGUUCUCCAUCUCCAAUUCCAACUUUCAAGGAAGUUUGGCAGGUUAAAGUUUGGCCAAAAGGUCUUGGACAUGCCCGGAACUUAGUAGGCAUCUACCGCCUGUGCCUAACUGACAAGACAGUCAACUUUGUCAAGCUCAACUCUGAUGUGGCCGCUGUCGUGCUGCAGCUGAUGAAUGUUCGCAGAUGUGGCCACUCAGAAAACUUUUUCUUCAUUGAGGUGGGUCGAUCGGCCAUAACUGGACCCGGAGAAUUUUGGAUGCAAGUGGAUGAUUCUGUGGUGGCUCAGAACAUGCAUGAGACAUUGCUGGAAGCCAUGAAAGCGCUAAGCGAAGAGUUCCGUCAACGCAGUAAAUCUCAGUCUGUGGGGACGUCAUGUGGUGGCGGAACUGCUUCAAACCCCAUCAGUGUUCCGAGUCGUCGACAUCAUCCAAAUCUGCCGCCCAGUCAGGUGGGAUUCACCAGGCGAGCCCGCACAGAGACACCAGGUGGUAGCAGUACCAGCACCUCACCGACAUCACGCCAUGGAUUUCCACGGGCCCGAACGGCAAGCAUUGGGGCCAGGUCGGAAGAGAGUGGAGCAAGUACCAGAUCAACAUGGGCCAGCUCCAGCCCGAGUCUUAAUGGAUCCUGCUCAACUACACCAACACUCAGGCCCAAGCCCACCAGGGCCCCCACCCCUGCAAAGAUUACACUCAGCCUUGCGCGCUACACGCCUAACCCGGCUCCCUCUCCUGCUCCCAGUCUCUCCUCCAGCUCUGGUCACGGCUCAGAGUGUGGUCUAGUGGGCGCGGCAGUGGGAGGUAUGACAGUGUGCUCCUAUCCCCGCGUGUCUCAGAGAGUUUCCGUUUCAGGUUCACCAAGCGACUACGGCUCCUCUGACGAAUAUGGUUCCAGUCCUGGUGAACACUCACUGCUCAUGCCCAGUAUGGCUGCCCAUCAUGGGCACGGAGAAGGGCCCUCAAGCUACAUAGUCAUGGGUCAGCGAGAGGGCCUACUUGGUUCCCAUCAUCGCUCUAAAGGCAGGCGCAUUCUUCGGCGCUCAUCCAGUCGGGAUUCUGAGGUCGAACGAAGACUACUAAGUAAGAGAGCUUCUCUACCUUUGGCCACACACGAACGACUAGCCCCACAUCGAAAAGAUGAUGACGAGGACGAGGAAGAAUAUGCCAUAAUGUCACAGAGUGCUAACAGAGAAGGCUCUGGCAGCUUGGCAGUGGGGUGUAGGCGAGGUGAUGUGGCAGGGGAGAACAGAAAGAGAUUUGAGAAAAGGAGGGAAGCAGAUGUGAGAGCUCCUUCGGAUAGCGGUUACAUGUCAAUGCUGCCUGGAGUCACGUCUCCAGCUGCAGACGAUGAAUACAUGGCCAUGACGCCGAACAACAGUGUGUCACCGCCUCAGCACAUGCAGCACCCCAGCUCAGAAGGCUACAUGGUCAUGUCCCCUAAUAGUAGCAUCUCCACAGAGUUACACGGACUGGGUAUGUGGGAUAGCAGGGGGAGCAUGGAGAGCCGGGUUGCCAGUGACUACAUGAACGUCUCGCCCGUCAGUAGUCGCUCUGCCUGUAGCACACCACCGUCCCACCCUGAACAGCACCAACUUCAACCCAAAAUGUUCAAUUCCUACUUUUCUCUGCCCCGGGCUUAUCAACAUACUCUCUAUAGUCGCUUUGAGGAGGAUCUAAACAAAGGGGAGUGCAAAAAAGACAGUAUUGAUAGUGCUGGAAUGAGUGGGGGAGCGGGGUACAACAAGAGAAACAAAAUGGGAGUGGGACACACUGGAGGCUUCCAACUCUCCAUGUCUUCCUCUUCUUUCUCCUCAAGCUCAGCUAGCAGUGAAAGUCUGGAGGACAAGUCCAUAUCAGCGGGCAAAGGGUUAAGUUUGUACAAGUGUGCAGGAACAUGCACCAAAGAUAGUCGUCAUAUUCAGAAACGGGGAUCGAGCUGCAAGAGCCCAAAGCAACAAAGGAAGGGCCGCCCGCUCAGUCUGUCUUCAGACAUUGCGAAAGCAAACACUUUGCCUCGGGUGAAAGAGAAUCUUCCUCCAAUGGCGGCUCACAACAACGGUGAGUACGUCAGUAUUGUUUUUAAAGAAGACAAGAAGUAUAAUGGAGGAAGAUGUGCAGGGUCAGAUCGAGCGCAACCCGUCUUACAUGGAACCCUGCGGCCCUCAAACCAGCCCCUUCGUGUUCCUGAUAAUGCUGUUAACCUUCCUCGCAGCUUCUCUGCACCAUUGUCCACGUCUGUUGAGUAUGUCAGCAUGGAUGUAGGGAAGUCAUCAACGCCGCUAAGGUCAACAAUCAGCCCCCCGCAGGGCCCACCGGCUGUUGCGCCCAAGGGCCGACUUGAACAUGGCACACCAUCUCCUCUGGCAGCAGAUGGAAACUCUGUUUAUCGAUCCAAAGGAAAGAUAGCAGGAGACGCCCUUAAUUCGUUCAUUGACAAGAACAGUCCAGAUACCAAUCUUUCAGCGAGAUCUGCCACCCAUUCAGGUCCACCUGUACCCAUGGGGGAUGAGACAGGGUUGGGAUUUUCUCCUGUCAAGACCUUCCAGUCUCCUGAGCAUGGCAGCAGACUUAUCCGAGGCGAAGCUCAGAGUCGGCGGGGCCACCACUCAGAGACCUUUAACUCCCCUCCCUCUGGACCACGACACCUAUCCUCCACUACCAACAUUUUCUCGGAGAGCGGCCAGCCGGUGAGCCACCGACACACUUUGGACUGCUCACUGUGGGAAAGCGGCCAGGCAGCUAGUUUGUCUGACACGCCACCUCCGCAAGCCUCUGCUGAACAAGGCCUUAACUAUAUUGACCUUGACUUGGCCAUUAAGGAGAGCCCUCAAGCUGGAGCUGAGCGUUCCUCUGCCGCCCUCAACAUUGGCGCAGGCGCUAUGGGCAGUGGUGCCGGCUCUAGCCUCAAUACUUACGCCAGUAUUGACUUCUACAAGUCCGAGGAACUGAGAGCACACCAACUUGGCAGACAGGAUGAUCAAGAUUGUUGAUGUGUGCCGAAGUCUACGAUGGGAGCGGCGCGAUGCCCAACAGUUGCCACAACACAACUACGUGUCGAGUCCAAAAUACUGGAACUCUGGGAAACCAAUCCUCAUCUGUCUGCCAUGUUCUGACAACCAAACAUGUGCCAAACACACGCAUGCACACACACACACACAUGCACACACGCACUGACACAGACGGGGUAAUCUGUUUGUAUGCCUUGCUCUGAUCAGCUAAUGUGAACUUGAUAAAUGAUUAUGUUUGAUUAUGUGGGUUCACAGGUCGGCUUUAUGUCUAUUUGACACGAUUAAAGUACUAUGACAAUCGGGCAAAGCCAUAAAGUCGGUAAAAAUGUCACACAUUUGCUUUGAUUGCCUCCAAGAUUGACAUCAUUGUGAUUGGUUGCUGAGCAAAUGUAAUGAAAUGUGAUCAUUCAAGGCUCAGUAGUGACAUCCAUUUAGUUUAUAGUCUGAUUGCAGCUUCAUGUCCCAAAAGGCUUUUUUUCCCCUGUGUGCAACACCUUCCUUUGUUUAUGUCCUGAAAACGUGUCAACAAAAGAUGUAUUUUACACAAUUAUACACGUUGUCAUAUUUGUCAAUAUAAUACAUACAGGUGCCAUUAAAGCCAUAAUGCUUCUUCAGGAACUUUCUUUAUCUGUAUAAAUGACAACAAAAACGUUUUCUCAAGUACCACUUUGGCUGUGAAUUGAUGCUGUCCAAAAAAGUAAACAGAGGAUUCUUCAAAUUUGAACACAAUUUUCCUUAACUUUCGGUAAGCGACAUAUCUGAGCUUUGCGCUGUUUUAUGGAUUUGUAUUGCUUAAGUAAUUGAUACUCAUAUUAUUGUCAGGACAGCAAAAAUUUAGCAGUGGCAAGAAGCUGUCACGCACAAUUCCACCUGAAGCUUACACAACCUUCGAUGUGAUUAAAUUAACCAUCGCCUGUCAUGUUUCCACUAUAAGAUGCAUUAUUGCCAGUUGCCAAGGCUUUUUGUGCCGCAUGCAUCCUGGUACAAACGGUGCAUAACAAUUGAUAAAUUUGCAUAACGUUCUUAUGCAGCAUUGUUGGUCAGUAUAACAGAAACAACCUCACACAAAGGGAAUUCUACACUGGUGCAAAAGUUGCCUUGAGCUCCCUCCCAAACAAGGAAGUGUGGACAUUAUUUUUUGGCAACAGUUCUUUUUAUUCAUUCAAUAUUCUAUCUUUAUGUCGUAUUCAUGCUUCAUGCUACAGUAUACAUGCAAACAGCAUUUAAAACACCACAGCUUGUGUUUCCUCAGUGGCAUAACAGUUUACUUGACACAAAUAUAAUAGGACACGUUAUUUAAGAUAUACACUAUACAUACAGUAUUUUGAUGAAUACUAUUUAGCCUAGAUAUCUAUAUAUACUCUUUUAUAAAGUGCCUCUUUUUUGAUUGUAGCUGUUUUACACAGGUAAUCUUAAAAUGGGUUGUGAAAAUACAAGAAAAAAAGAUUAAACACAUUGAUAUCAGUAAAUAAUUUUUAAAAUGGCCUUACUGUUUAUCUGAAACGUGAAAAGAUUUUUUUUAUUUUAUUUUAGAGGGACAGAGGGUGCCUAACAGUUAAGCCACUAUGUCAGCAUCCCCUCGCUCUUGUAUGACUUUGCCAAGUUGAGGUUGGGCCCAACAAAGUGAAGCAAAAAUAAUAAUAAUAAUAAUAAUGAUGAUAAUAAUCCAGAACAGGGGCUGCUAUUUCAUCCUAAAUAAUGUUACCGGACAAUAUGAUGAUUCUAAAUUGUAUACACUUUAUUCUUGAAACCUGUUUUAAUGACUUUCUGCAUUGUUUUUACCUGACAGCUUUCAUUCUCUUGUAUAUAAAAUACUAACAAGGCAGGUUCAUAUUAGACUGCAAAUGAAAUGUAGGUAUUGAUUUAGGCUUGUGGUGUAUUUUGAACCUCAAAGCAAACAUGAGUGGAGGUCAUUUGAACUCUUCAGAGCAGCUAAGUGUUUACCUGGGCUAGAACACGACGAACACGCUCGUGUGUGUUGUUUUUCUAUAUUUGGAUGUGGAUUCAGUCCCCAAAUUGUGUGACAAGUGCUCCUUUCUGUCUUUACUCUUAUCCAAGACCUGGUUCAGUCCUCUCCUAAACCACUAUUUGUAUUAUUUCCAUUGGUUAUACUGCUGUCGGAUUGCCAAAUUGCCAAAUAAUCAAAAAUACAAUCUGACAAUAAGAGCAUUUGUAAACAAAUCUGAUUUCAAAUGAAUUUUUCUUUCCUUGAAGUGCUUUGGGGCCAAAACAUGAUUUUAAUUUUUUUAAUGAAACAUUUUUAAAGGGUGUUUUUUUUUUUGGUUUUUUUUUUAAUCAAGAUCAUGUGAGUUUCUGACUGGUUGAAUACCAUACCCAGAGCCAUUGAAGUCUGGUUUGGUCCAGUUGCAACUCAAAUCAAACAAACACAAUGUACAAAAAAAAGUAUGGUUCAAAACAAACAUCAGUACCGGAGGCUUCAGUAACAAUGGUGACCAAACUCAGCUUGUUUCUGGUUAUGUGUAUACAGGGUACAAGGAAAGGCUUUCUUCGUGUAUUUUUCCCACAUUUAGAAUCAUAUUUGUGACAAGGCUCCUGAAAAAUAAAAUCAUUAUUCUAAAGAUGAAUAUUAUGAAAACCAUGCCCACAUGUUGAGUUAGAAUAAAUGAAUGAAUAUAUGCCUACUGGAAGUCACACACAAAAAAGUGACAAAUGAUGUGGAGAAGUUGGGUUGCAGAGAUACAUUUUUCUAAACAUUCACCAUCUUGACUUCUUCAUUUUUUGACACUUUCUUUUGUCAUUUCCAGAUAAGAGACCCAUUCACCAACCAGUGAACAUAAAAAAACUACACAUCCCUGUGCUAAUACAUAGAUAAAAUAACUUGGACUAAAAAUAACUAAUCCAAAUGAAAAGGAAACUUCUCAAGAGGAGGAGUAAAAAUGCACCACAAGGGUACAAAGUGCUGUCUUAAGUGAUUGUCAGUCUUUUUUUUUUAAGAACACAAAACCUGGUAUUUGAACAUGGGUGUGCAGAUUUUUACAUUCACUUUGGUACACAUUUAGAAUUUAUGUCUCUUUGUCGUUGGCUUUUAAACAAUCCCAUUAAAUUAUUGAGCAGGUGCUUUUGAGUUACCUGUUGUCUGAAUCCGAAUAGCCCGCCACUGCCAGUAGUUUGUGCUUCAGAACAACAAUUUACUGCCUGACACUUACAGUAUAAAUUCAACCAAUUAGUUGGUCCUUUAUAAUCUAUUUGUUAUUCCUUCAGUGCUAAUUUCCUAAUUAGGGAUUACGGAGCCUAUCUGACUGUACCUCAUAAUCUUGAGACUGUGCAGACAAAAACAGUUGGUAGUUAAACCCCUCACAGUCUAAGAGCACUACAGGAGGAAAAUAUCGAUAAAAGCUCUUCAAUGGAUGACUGCUUCUGAGUGAAGGACCAGACUCUAAGUGUGGGAAAUGAUACUGUUUGUACAAUCAAGAUUAGCAUCUGUAAUUACAACUGAAAGAGCAUUCUAUGUAUUUUAAAGUUAUCUACUUUGAUAUUGAUGUACAAAGACUGAUCAUGAACUCUGUAAAAUAUCAUGUGCAUAGAGGAGUUCACUGAUGGGUGUUGGGGCGGGACAGUUGGGGUGCGUGGGGUUCAUUCAAUUUAUGACAAAUUGUUUCCAAACAGAAUAUUGACAAUAAUUGUUUGUGAUGUAGACAACCUCAAAUGUUGUUUUUAUAUAUAUAAAAAGGAAA